AUGCCCAUUGGAAAGGGAGUACGACAAGGCGAUGCUAUAUGGCCGAAGCUGUUCACGGCUGCAUUACAAUGGAUAAUGAAAUCAUUAUCCUGGGAAGAAAGGGGCGGUGGAAUAAGUGUUGAUGGAAGAUUUCUCUCGAACCUUCGGUUCGCGUACGACAUCGUUCUCUUUUCGAGCAGUACCAUUGAAGCAGAAACGAUGUUCAACGAAUUGAACGAAGCAGGGAAGAGAAUAGGACCGCGAAUAAACAGAAAGAAGACACAGUUCAAGAAGAACGCCUACUGCGAGGACGGAGGAGUACAAUCUGAAAGCUCCCAAAUCGUGGAAACUUCGUCAUACGUACACCUCGGACGUUCAGUGAACAUGGAAAAUGACUUGAAGGAAGAAAUGUAUAGAAGAAUGAGAGCAGCAUGGGCAGCAUUCGCACCCGUCAUGGAAGCUACGGACCAACUAACGGAAGAAGAUCUUCGUGCCUAUCUGUUCAAUCUGUUCAACUCAACAGUUCUUCCAGCGCUCUCUUACGCAGUGGAGAUGUGGGCAGAUACCGCUGCCACGUCUAGGAAACUACUCACUACCCACAGAGCCCUUGAGAAAUGGCUUCUGAAGUCUGAAGUGUGUUCUGAAGCGGAAUAUAUAUCGAAAGCAAAGCGUAGAAGGGCCGGUCACAUUAUGAGAAGAUUCGACGAUAGAUAG